UUAUUUCUACAUUACAAACAUAGCAGUUUUUACAUGAACAAUGAGUGGAAGAGGCAAAACCGGUGGCAAAGCGAGAGCGAAGGCCAAGACUCGCUCCUCCAGAGCAGGGCUGCAGUUCCCCGUCGGUCGUGUUCACAGACUUCUCCGCAAAGGGAACUACGCAGAGCGCGUCGGUGCCGGAGCUCCCGUCUAUCUGGCGGCUGUGCUCGAGUAUCUGACCGCUGAGAUCCUGGAGUUGGCUGGAAACGCCGCAAGAGACAACAAGAAGACCCGCAUCAUUCCCCGUCACCUGCAGCUGGCGGUGCGCAACGAUGAGGAGCUCAACAAACUCCUGGGGCGAGUGACCAUCGCUCAGGGCGGCGUGCUGCCAAACAUCCAGGCCGUGCUGCUGCCCAAGAAGACCGAGAAAACCCACCAAAGCCAAAUAAACAGAUCCAAGCGUGUUUCUGAAACCCAAAGGCUCUUUUCAGAGCCACCCAUUUUAUCUCUUACAGAGCGAUUUUCUGAUUGUCUAAUUUGCUGGUAACUGUUGUCCAUAAAU